AUGACCUCGCGACUUCACGGCGAAGACAUCACGGAACAUCAUCCUGGCCUGCAUCCAAUGCUUCGUCGACUGGAUCGCCUCCGGCCAUGGAACUGCUCAGAAUACGUCUGCGUCACAUGUCGCCACCAGCUAUGGGCUGCGCAGAGCCAGCGAGCCCGCCGAAAGUACCAUCAGACUCUCCUUCGAAGAGCCCAAUCCGAGGUAGACUCGUGGGAAGACAACUUCAACAACCUUGACGCCGGGCUGGGACCUAGCAAACCAGAAGCGCCCGCUGAGAAGUCAAAGCAUGCCUCUUCUGAUGAUGUGGGAUCUGGGAAGAAGACGGGGGGAAACAAGUCGGUAGCUGCGUCUAGAAUCAAGGCGCGGAGAAGUAGAGGCAAAGAUGGGGCUAUGCGCUCGUCCGUAAAGCGAGAAGGAAGGGGCCAGCAAGAUGUUGGAGUGGAUGGCCUGCUGUCGAGCCUGGACGAGCGAAUGGCAGGCGGGUCAGGGAAAGACACCACGAGACAGAACAACACCACCAGCACAUCACAAGGUAAAACGAGGGUCAUUGCCAGCAAAUCUGCUGGUAUCGACGAUUCCAAGCAGCGGCCAAGACCAGCGGCUGCUUCUGCCGAGCACAGUAGUGCAGAAGCCGCCAUGUACGCGAAAUAUGAGGAUGUGGUGAAGAAACUAGAACAAGACAUGACUCCCGAGGCUGCUGACACAAGCAUAGCACAUGACCUUUUGAGGCUGCGGGCGACGGCUCGUUACCGGCGCGGGGACGACGGAUUGUUACGAAAGCGCAACAAGAGGGAGCCACUAGGCCAAGAGGCAGUUAGCGAUGCUCCUGAGACAGGCAGAGGGCUAGAUCCCCUCAUUCGACGUGGCGUAGGCUUGAAAGGACCUGCCUUUUAUGAAGAGCGCACUUCUGCAAAUGGCUCGACAGGUGGAGAAGCAUCAUCUAAGGUAUCUCCAGCUGGACAGCAACCCAACGGUGCCCCGUCGAGUACAGUUUCAUCAGAUGCAACCAGCAAUGCGGAGUCUCCGCCACAGUCGACAGCACGGCUAACCUUUUCUGACUGGCUCACGAGUAAAAUACUACCAGGAUCACGUCCAUCUCAAUCGAUUGAUCCUCCAUCACCUGUAGAAGAAGGCUCUUCGGCUCCAGCUCGAACCACACCGAAAGGGUUGCCAUUUGGUGCCCAGACAGCAGAGCCUCAAGGUGCCGAAGUGCGGGCUCCUGGUUCCCUUGAUCUGACGAUGUCAACCCCAGCCUUCGGAGUGCAGACACCAAGUAGUCAGGCAUCGGAUGCCCUAGCAAAGCUAUACACAUCGGGAUGGAACCUCUCUGCUGGAAAUGACGACACUGCCGCGUCCGCUGCUGCGUCAAAGAAGGGCAAGUCAACGAAAAAGCCGGCCGCUACUUCAAGCAAAACAACGAACGGCAAGAACCCGGUCGUUACCAAAGGACUCAAUCGGCGCGAACGAGCAAAGCUCCAGCAACAGAGCAAAUCUGACGCGGACAAGGACAAGUCGGCUUCCAAAGGCAAAGGGAAGAAGUCGAAAAGGUCCACUUCGGCGGAUCAGCAAGCGCUCUCCGAGCAAGAAUUGGGUUCAAUGAGCAGCGUCAAGCCACAAGAUCUCGCCAUCACACCGCUUGAGAUUCCCCAGCCGCCGGUACCCUCUCUGGAGUACGGUCUAGACAGGGUGCUCUUCAACCCUGGUGUGUACCAGCUCCAGGAUCCGCACUCGCGGGUGUACAACUUCGACCCUUACCUGCAAAUGAUCAUGCCAGUCGUCGAGUUCGACUUCAACGCUCUGAAAGAGUACAAGACGUCUUCGCAGGAUGUGGCGCUUGGCGAACUCGCAAAGUCGCACGGCAAGCGGUACAUCGGCUCUACUUCGAGCAUGACCGGGACACUGGCGCACUUUCACUACCUGUUGUCAGCUUUCCGGCCGUUGAACACGAACAUGGUCUCGCGUGGCUUUCCAGAUCAGCUCGACAGCUUCACAGCCAUCAAUCGCGCCCCGAAUGCGAUCUUCUUGCGCUGGAAGAACGGCACAUAUGCCAUCGAUGCCGACAAGGAGCACGAUAGUCCCAAUGUCUUGAUGAUGCUUGGGAAGUCCAUGGAGAAGCUGCUGACUCUUCCGACUUCUGAAUUCGAACGCUACAGAAAGACCGACCCACGCUCCGUGUCAGAGGAGGAUCGCACAGCACCCGAAGCCUUUCAAUACACGACGAUGGGCGACUUCCUAAUGCGCUCACAGCUCGACGCCUACGACCCUCGCUUACCGGGCACGGGCAUGUUCGACCUGAAGACCAGAGCAGUCGUAACAGUCCGUAUGGACACGACUGAUUUCGAGCCAAUGACUGGAUACCAGAUUCACACUCUGCAAGGUAGAUUCGAGAGCUACGAACGGGAGUACUACGACAUGAUCCGCUCGACGAUGCUAAAGUACAUGCUCCAAGUGCGCAUGGGUCGCAUGGACGGCAUCUUCAUCGCCUUCCACAACGUGGAGCGCAUCUUCGGCUUCCAGUAUGUCUCACUACAGGACAUGGACCGGGCGCUUCAUGGAACGAUCAAUACCUGUCUUGGCGACCAGGAGUUCAAGGCGAGCUUGGACAUGUUGAAUAAGGUGUUCGAUAUGGCGACGAAGAAGUUCCCGGAGCAGUCGCUGCGGUUUCACUUCCAGGCUACGCCGGAGAAGUUGGACUCGGAUGCUACUGUGAUGUGGGUCUUUGCGGAGCCGAUGGGCGAGGCGCAGAUUGAGAGCAUUCAGUCGAGUUCAAAAGCGAGAGUGGCCGAGUUCGAGCGUGAAAUGCUGGGGUAUGAGAAGGAGGAGACGCCAGAUACUGACGCUGUCGUCACUGAAAGCGAAGAAGCGGAUGCAAAGUGGUCGACUGCUGCCAGUACGCAAGUCGAUACUACAGAAACUCCCGAGCCAAAGCCGGCCUCCUCUUCCACCACAUCAAACGACUCGAAAUCCUCAGACGACCUCGCUCCCCUCUUCGCCGCCAGCAUUCUCUGCGAAUCCAAAGUCAACGGCAAAACCGUCACGCGCCCCGAACGCCUCCGCCCCACAGAUAAAUGGGAAAUCGACUACAUCGCGCACGAAUACCCAACCGACGCGAAAAUGUGGGCGCGCUACGAGCAGAUGAAAGCCCGUCGGAAGGAGAUUUUUUCGAAGUACGAUGAGGAUGAUGUCGAGGAUGCGCCGAGCAGUAAAGAGGAGAGCCGGAAGAAGGCGAAGGGGAGGGAGUAUAUUGAGUUUAUGAAGAGGUUGAGUGAGCAGGGGCGGGCUUUUAGGGUGAAGGCGGAUGAGGCGGAGAAGGGAAGUGAGCCGGUUGUUGUCGGGAGGCCGGUUGCGAGGGGUGGGGAGAGGGUGGAGGGGGUGGAGGAUUAUAUGGGGUGGUUGUAUAAGAAGCGGUGA